AUAAGAAAUAUAUCAUUGUCAAUUGAUUGAAUCUGUUUGAAUAUACUCGGAUAUCAUCUUUUAUACAACCACCACAACACCACACAACAACAAACAAACAAAAUGUCCUACCGCACCACCUCCAGCUCCUCCUCCGCCUACUCUUCCUACUCCUCUUCCACCUCUAACGACAACAACAACCCUCAAACCGAAUCGACCGGCCACCGCUACGCCACCACCUCACACACCGACCCCACUGGGGCUACUACCGUCCGCACUGGAUACCAGAAUCUAGGCGAGGAGCCGGUUUUCGAGGAACGGAGAUUCGAUUCAGCGGGUCGGGAGGGCGCGUUGUUGGAUACUCAGGGUGGAAUGGGUGCUGCGGGGGGAACUAGGGCUAUUAGGGAGUUGGAUGAGGAUGAUGAUGAGGGGGAGUGGGAGGAUGGGACUUAUUAA